CGACUUAGACGCCCGCCCGCCCGCCCGCCGACGCCAGCAUCGAUCUCGAGCACACUGUGUACCCCGAAAAUGCUGCUGCUCGUCAGCAAUGAAGAGAGAAACAGCGGAUUAGCGACCUGGACGGCGAUCCAUCAACAGAGGCAGAAGAAGCUUGGUUCAUACGCAUACCCAAGAGGAAGGAGUGUAUAAAAAGAGGAAGACGGCUUUGAACGACAUACACGAUACUAGACGAUACCCAACAAAUAAACAAAACAGGCCGAUCCUCAACAACCAUGUCGCCUUCAGCAGACGCCGCCGCCGCAGCCGCCAACAGCAACAGCAACAGCAACAUCCGCGUCUUUGUCCGCUGGCAGGACCAUGUCGUCUUCGCCGGAGAGGAAGUCAAGUGCACAAUCACCUUCAAGAACGUCGCACGACCUCCCGGGCCCCCGCCGACCACGCCCACAAAGAAUCCGCAUCCGUCUCCGAGACAUCUAGGUGCCGCUGCCGAGCAACGAAUGCGCCAGCCAUCCCCUCUCGGCCCCGGUCACCCUGUUCAGUCGUCGUCGUCGUCGUCGUCAGUUGCUACACAAGGAGGAAAUGGCCGUACCAAGGGCCAUGCUGACGGCCUGGCGCCGCCGCCCUCGGUGCGCGGACGCGGUCACGGCCAUCGGUCCACCCUUUCCUUGACAGUUCCAUCCGCUGCUGCCACUUCCCGCGCCCGAGACAGCUCCAUACCCUGGUCACCCAUCCAGAAUCCCGCCUCCAGCAGCAGCUCCCGCGGUGGUCCUCCCUCGAGCUCCUCCGCCCGGAGCAAUGGCGGCAAUGGCCACGGACACAAGAGGUCGGUGUCCAUCGUGUCACUGGGCUCUACAAAGGCCAUGGACGAGGUUCCGGACCUCAAUUCGUCUCCCGCCAAGUCCCAGCGACCAGCAAGGGGUCAUGCCCGAGCUUCGAGUUUGCAGAUCAACUCCCGUCUUCCGUUCUUUGGCGGGCCCAAGUCUGGCAAGGCCGCGUCUUUCUUACGUGACGCCACCACUGAACAGACGCCUGACUAUUUACCUCGCCCCCAUACAGCUACACACCCAAAAGUGCAGACCUCUCAGCAGCCAUCACCCCUUUUCCAUGCCUCUUACCCUCCCAACCGGAACACACUACACAGCCCGACCGAAGGCCCUCUGACUCCUUCCGAACGAACACGAAACAUCUUCCCAUGGGCAACGUCCCCCUCUCCCAAGGCUUCUCCUAGAGCCGAGCCGAACACCGAGUUCAGGUUCCCUUUCACCAAAUCAUCUUCUUCGCCCGAUGUUGUCCACGGAGGCAGUCCGGUGGGGCCCAUACAUGAAGACAACAUCAUGAGCCCAACAUACUCGGUCGCUGGCGAAUCCGUCAGGUCUCUCCCGAUGCGAUCAAGAGACCCUAUCCCCACCAUCAACGAACAUGGUGCGAUACCCUCGGCACGUAUUCUUUCAACAACCAGCAUUGGCGGCACACCAAGGAGUAGUGGCGAGUUUUACUCCAUGAGCAAUUACUCUUCCGAGACCCUGGCAUCCGAGUACGUCCAACCACAGCCGCUGAGAAUGGCUGGUGGGCGAUCGGGCCACAGCAGGCGGCCGUCCAGUUUCUCCCCAAGUACGGCAAAGAUGCCAGAAACGUUGAUGAUGGGAUAUGCGCAAAUCCAGGGUUCAUUUACGCUUGAUGGCUCUUUGGUAAACCUCGGACCCUUUGAGCAAGUGAAGCGGAAAGCCGUAGUCGGUGGCCAUGGUGGCGGCGUCAUCGGUGUGGAAACUACGAAGCGCGACAGCGGCUUACUGAGAGGCUUCGGUUGGGGCAGCAUCACGAGCUCCAUUGGCGAGCUUCUAGGCGGAGGAGAACUCAGCACCAUCAAAGAGAUGCGCGGGAUUGCCAGCUCAAAGUCGAUCCCCCUGUUGUCAACACCCCAGUCGAUUCUUUUCGUCGACCUGCAGCUAGCACCCGGGGAAAGCAGGACGUUUGAAUAUUCGUUCAAACUGCCCAAGGGGCUACCACCAACGCAUCGCGGCAAGGCGAUGAAGAUAUCAUACAGCCUCGUCAUUGGCACGCAAAGGCCAGGAGGCGCAAAGGAUAAGCACGUCAAGUCUGUGGACGUUCCGUUCCGCGUGCUUGGCAGCGUCAACAGCCACGGCGAAAUCCUAGGUCACGACCUGAUGGCGCCCUACAUCAUCCUGCGAGACCAGGCUCGGGUUAAGACCAUUGAUAAUACAAACACAGCAUCUACCACUACUUUAAAUAAUCAUAAUCACCAGCAACAAUUACAACAACUACAACAACAACAACAACAACAACAAGCACGACAGAAACUAUUGGGAGACAAACCCGCCGCCAACGAAGACUCCUUCCUCUCCUAUGUUGACGAGCUUCUCUCCUCCCGCUCCCUCCAACUCCAAAACGGCGCUCGCGCCCCUGGCCUUCUCAGUCCAACAGCUAGCGGCCCUCCCUCCCGCCGACAGUCCAACUACUCCGUCAACUCUAACACGUCCUCGCACUUUAAUCCGUUCGGCCCGCAAACCCACAUGCCUGCUCUCACCGCAAAAGAGGCCAUCGACCUGGCCAUUCUCCGCUCCAACAUCGCCUCCCACUACUCCAACCAAUCCACUAACCGCUUCGAAAUCGCCCGCAACGGUCGCCGUGUCGCCGUCGUCAUGCUCGCCCGCCCCGCUUACCGAUUAGGCGAGCAGAUCACCAUGGCCAUUGACUUUGAAGACGCCGAGAUCCCUUGCUAUGCUGUGCACGUUGCUUUGGAGACAGCCGAGCGGGUAGAUUCCAGCCUGGCGCUGAGAAGUGAAGCGAGUGUGCACCGUGUAACGAGAAAGGUGCUGGUAAGCAGCAGUGAAGCGACCAUGUUUGCCAAAAGGGUGGUAUUCACGCCAACGAUCCCCGUCACAGCCACACCCGAGUUUGUAACGAGCGGAGUCAGUUUGGAGUGGAAGGUUAGGGUGGAGUUCGUGGUGGCAAGCGCAGAGGCAUUAGAGAGGAUGGGACAGUCCCAGAUGCUGGGACAGGCGCAAGGGCAAGGGAUGAUGGGGUUGGGGAUAACUAAUAUUGGAGAGGAGGAGUAUGACAUUGUUAGUGACGAAGAGGCGGAGAGGAAUGGAGUUAUUGAAGAGGAGGAUGAAGAAGAAGAAGAAGAAGAAGCGGAUGAAGCGCACAAGGGUAGUGAAGGAAAAGAGGAAGAAGAAAGGGAAACGAGGUUAGUCAAAGCCAAUGGCAGCGCUGCUGAAGGGGGAAAUCAGAAAAGCAGAAGCAGGCCGCCUAUGUUGCGCAAGAACCAGACCAUCUCUGAACGCGAACGGGAAAGACAGAGGAAUGCUAUGCAGCAGCAGCAGCAGCAGCAGCAGCAACCGCAUCCCUUGCUGGAGGAGAUUUCGAGGGAUGAUAGGGGCGGUUUGAUUUUGGUGGCGGCGGAGAACCUCAUCUGCGAGAGCUUCGAGGUCGCAGUACCGUUGAAGAUUUACGGUGCUGUUGGUACGGGGCUGGAGAAGUUGGAGAGGGAUGAAGCUACGGAAGAGGGGUUACCUGUGUGAAUGGUUUUUUACUCACCAGGUACAUGGCUAUUUUGGAAGUGAAUGGAUGAUUACGACAUGGCAACGAUGGGGCCAGAAAAAGUAACAGACGCAAAUGAACAUAUGGGUGAUGGAUGGGCUAGGCUGGGCCGGUCGGACAGACAAAAGCUACUUUGAAGAGACGGAAAGGCAAGGAAGAGAAAAGGAAAUCCAGGCCUUGUUAAUCAUAUGAUGUCUCGAGAUGAACUUUUCUGGUAGAUACCUAACCUUUCUUGGGUGAUAAGGAACAAUGAAACAGGAACGUUACCAGCAACCGGCGAGUGCUGGAAAGCCCUUGCUUUUGUUCAAUCACAGCUGUGUAAGUACUUUUAAUUCAAAGAUUGCACUCGGUCUUCACCGAGGUCAGCAACAAG